CGGAGGGAGGGGGGGAGGGAGAGAGAGAGAGAGAAAGCGCAUACACCGUACAGUAUCCCACAAACAGAUUGCUUUCGUAGUGGGAAAUACCAUUAUAGGCUGUGUUGGGCGAAUCCCUGGUGCUUUUUCUUUCAUGCUUUCAGUCCCUUGGCAUUUAGUUUUCGCGAUAAACUGGCGCCCUGGGAGAGCCAUUGACGCCCGUAGAAAGUGGCUUCCAGAAAUUGGUUUUUCAAUUGUUUCGAUUUGUCAUUUGAUUGAAUCGAGACAUCCGCUUAUCUUACGCUUUCCCUAAGAGAUUCGCCAUUCUCUCUAAGUUUAUUUUGGUCGAGUCCAAAUGGGUAAAGGAGGCCAAAACUACGGCAAACGAGAGAAUCUCAGUUCCAAUUCUUCGGAUGGGAACACCUUCAAGGCUUGGGCUAAAGAUGUGCAGGAAUGCGAGGAUUUUUUUAGGGUGAAGGUUAAAGCGGGUUUAACUUCCGAUGAGGUUGAGAAUCGACGCCGGAUCCAUGGUUGGAAUGAGCUGGAGAAGCACGAGGGCCAGUCGAUCUGGAGCCUGGUCCUUGAGCAGUUCAACGACACAUUGGUUCGAAUUCUGCUUGCCGCUGCCAUCAUCUCCUUUGUGCUGGCUUGGUUAGAUGGCGAGGAAGGCGGAGAGAUGGAGAUUACAGCGUUCGUAGAGCCCUUGGUGAUAUUUCUGAUAUUGAUUGUGAAUGCAAUCGUGGGAGUAUGGCAAGAGAGCAAUGCCGAGAAGGCACUUGAAGCGUUGAAGGAUAUUCAGUCAGAGCACGCGACCGUGAUUCGUGAUGAUAAGAAAGUUCCAAACAUGCCGGCGAAGGAUCUUGUGCCUGGUGAUAUCGUCGAGCUUAAGGUUGGGGAUAAGGUGCCUGCUGAUAUGAGGGUCGUGGAAUUGAUUAGCUCUACUUUACGAGUGGAGCAGGGUUCAUUGACUGGAGAGAGUGAAGCUGUGAAUAAGAAUAACAAGGCUGUUCCUGAUGAUUCUGAUAUCCAAGACAAGAAAUGUAUGGUUUUCGCAGGGACAACAGUUGUUAACGGGAAUUGCAUUUGUUUGGUUACUCAGACAGGCAUGGAAACAGAGAUUGGAAAGGUGCACCGCCAGAUUCAUGCGGCAUCGCAGAGUGAGGAGGAUACCCCAUUGAAGAAGAAACUCAAUGAGUUUGGAGAGAUGCUAACUAUUAUAAUUGGAAUAAUAUGUGCUUGUGUAUGGCUCAUCAAUGUUAAGUACUUCCUUUCGUGGGAAAUGGUGGAUGGCUGGCCUAGAAACUUCAAGUUUUCUUUUGAGAAGUGUACAUAUUACUUUGAGAUUGCUGUUGCAUUGGCUGUUGCUGCGAUUCCAGAAGGUCUGCCUGCAGUAAUUACAACUUGCCUGGCUCUAGGUACUCGUAAGAUGGCUCAGAAGAAUGCUCUUGUUCGAAAACUGCCAAGUGUAGAGACCUUGGGUUGUACAACUGUGAUCUGUUCAGAUAAAACGGGUACAUUGACGACAAACCAGAUGGCAGCAGCUAGGCUUGUAGCUAUGGGUCCUAAUGUAGAUAUGCUGCGAGCCUUCAAGGUGGAAGGAACUACUUACAAUCCAUCUGAUGGUAGAAUAGAGGACUGGCCAAGAGGUAGAAUGGAUGCUAAUCUUGAGAUGAUAGCAAAAAUAGCUGCUGUCUGUAAUGAUGCUGAAGUCACACAGUCAGAGCAUAAAUUUGUCGCUCAUGGAAUGCCCACGGAAGCAGCCUUGAAGGUUUUGGUGGAGAAGAUGGGCCUUCCUGGAGAAGCCCGAGAUGUAAAAGCAGCGAGUGCGAGUUCCGUACUACGUUGUUGUGGCUGGUGGAUUAAACAUGACCAACGGAUUGCUACUCUUGAGUUUGACCGUGAUAGGAAGUCAAUGGGUGUUAUUGUGAACUCCCCUCAGGGGAAAAAGUCACUGCUGGUGAAGGGUGCGGUGGAAAAUUUGUUGGAAAGAAGCUCUAAAGUUCAGCUGCGUGAUGGUUCUGUUGUGAAACUUGAUGAUAAUGCCAAGAACCUUAUCUUGCAAGCUCUUCAUGAAAUGUCAACUAGUACAUUACGCUGUUUAGGUUUUGCAUACAAGGAUGAUCUCCCUAUGUUUGAAAACUACUCCGGUAAUGAUGAUCAUCCAGCUCACCAACUCUUACUUGACCCAUCCAACUAUCCAUCUAUUGAGAGUGAACUUAUAUUUGCUGGCUUGGUUGGAUUGAGGGAUCCCCCUAGAGAGGAAGUGUACCAUGCAAUUGAGGACUGCAGAGCUGCUGGAAUUCGUAUUAUGGUAAUUACUGGGGAUAACAAGAACACUGCAGAAGCUAUAUGCCGUGAAAUAGGUGUAUUUGGACCCAAUGAAGACGUUGGUUCGAAAAGUAUAACUGGGAAAGAUUUUAUGGAGCUACCUGAUAAAAAGUCCCAUCUGAGACAAAGUGGUUGGCUUUUGUUUUCAAGGGCUGAACCAGGUCACAAACAGGAGAUAGUGAAGCUGCUGAAGGAGGAAGGGGAGGUGGUUGCCAUGACUGGAGAUGGUGUGAAUGACGCACCUGCCUUGAAGCUUGCUGAUAUUGGCAUUGCAAUGGGCAUUGCCGGGACAGAGGUGGCAAAGGAGGCCUCCGAUAUGGUGUUGGCGGAUGAUAAUUUUAGUACAAUAGUUGCUGCUGUUGGUGAAGGCAGAUCUAUCUAUAAUAACAUGAAGGCUUUUAUCAGGUACAUGAUUUCUUCAAAUAUUGGCGAGGUUGUCUGUAUAUUUUUAACGGCUGCAUUGGGAAUUCCCGAAGGACUGAUACCUGUUCAGCUGCUGUGGGUCAAUCUUGUCACGGAUGGACCCCCUGCUACGGCUUUGGGAUUCAAUCCACCAGAUAAAGAUAUAAUGAAGAAGCCUCCUCGUCGUAGUGAUGAUCCACUAAUUAAUGCAUGGAUUUUGUUCCGUUAUCUGGUUAUUGGGUUGUAUGUUGGGUGUGCUACAGUUGGUAUCUUCAUUAUAUGGUACACGCAUGGUUCUUUCCUAGGAAUUGACCUUACCCAGGAUAACCACACGCUUGUCACUUAUUCACAACUUGCCAGCUGGGAUCAGUGCUCCUCUUGGAAGAACUUUACUGCUUCUCCGUUCACCGCCGGUGAUAGUGUCAUUUCUUUCAGUGAUUCCUGUGACUACUUCAAAACUGGAAAAGUGAAAGCCAUGACGCUGUCCCUCUCUGUGCUGGUAGCCAUCGAGAUGUUCAAUUCCCUUAAUGCCCUCUCUGAGGAUGGAAGCCUGUUGACAAUGCCCCCUUGGAAAAAUCCUUGGCUUCUCUUGGCAAUGUCUGUGUCAUUUGGUCUGCACUUCUUGAUAUUGUACGUGCCGUUCUUAGCACAAAUAUUUGGCAUCGUGCCCCUCACCUUGAAUGAGUGGCUUUUGGUCUUGGUCGUUGCAUUCCCUGUCAUCCUAAUUGACGAGGUUCUGAAAUUUGUGGCGAGGUGUACAAGCGGGUCUCAAACUUCUAAAUCGAAGACGAAAACAGAGUAGACAACUGAAUGUAGUUUUCAGAGAAUUAGCUCAACCCUCCAGUGGUUUGGCUGCUGCUAUUCUUCAAGCUGAAUUGGUGGCCUCUACUCGAUGCAGUUUUUAAAUUAGUAUUGCCCUAGGUCUCUCUGUAACACAUUCAUCCCAUUUUAUUAUGAGUGAUGGAUGGCCUUUCUUUGGGUACACUUUCUUUUUUGGUGCUUUGUUCUUUCAAAUAUUUACAAUAUGAAAGGAUAAACCAAUUUUUUUAGCAUAUUUGGCAAAAACCAAAGAUGUGUUUGUUCUUUUAUUUUUCUUGGUUGCUUGGGAAUGAAUCUAAAUAUUUGAGCUGCG